AAUAAAUCUCAAAAUGUUUCGGAGUGCGGAAAUGAAAUUAUGUCAACUGUACCUACAGAACGAAUCGGCUUAUUGUUGUAUUUCGGAGUUGGGAGAGCUGGGAUUAGUUCAAUUCAGAGAUGUUAAUAAUGAAACUUCAGUUCUCCAAAGAAAAUUUGUUAAUGAUAUCAGACGUUGUGAUGAAAUGGAAAGGAAGUUACGUUUUCUGGAAACAGAAAUAAAAAAAGAAAACAUUCCCAUAUUUGAUGCAGGUGAUAAUCCUGAAGCACCUCUUCCAAAAGAAAUAAUUGAUCUUGAGGCAACACUUGAGAAAUUUGAAACUGAAUUAAGAGAGGUUAUUAUAAAUGAUGAUGCUCUGACGAAAACAUUUUUGGAAUUAACAGAAAUGAAAUAUGUGCUAAUGAAGGCUCAAAUGUUUUUUGAUGAGAAGGAUAUUUCUCCAAGUGUUAGUGAAGGAAUAGAAACAACAUUAAUUAGCAGAGAAACAAUAUCAGGUGGUCUGCAAUUAAGUUUUAUGGCUGGAGUAAUCCGGAGAGAUCGUAUACCUGUUUUUGAACGAACAUUGUGGCGACUAUGUCGUGGAAAUGCAUUUUUUAGACAAGCUGAAAUUGAGGAACCACUUGAUGAUUUAUUAUCUGGUGAUAAAGUCAAUAAAUCUGUUUUUCUUAUAUUUUUCCAAGGAGAACAAUUGAAAAUAAAAGUGAAAAAAAUUUGUGAAGGUUUUCGAGCAACAUUGUAUCCAUGUCCAGAGUCACAAGUAGAAAGAUCAGAACAGUUAAAAGGAAUUUUGGUUCGUCUUGCAGAUAUUAGUACUAUUUUAAAUGAAACUGAAGAUCAUAGACAUCGACAACUUGUAAAUACUUCUAGAAACAUACGAAAUUGGUUUAUUAAGAUCAGAAAAAUAAAAGCUAUAUAUCAUACAUUGAAUCUUUUUGAUCAAGAUGUUACAAGAAAAUGUCUUAUAGCUGAAUGCUGGUGUGCUGCUAAAGAUAUACCAAAAGUUCAAGCAGCAUUAUUAAAUGGAACUGAAAAAAGUAGAAGCUCUAUGCCUUCAAUAUUGCAUUGUAUUUCUCAUGAUGAACAACCUCCUACUUUCAAUACUACAAAUAAAUUUACAGUUGGGUUUCAGAAUAUAGUAAAUGCAUAUGGUGUAUCUAAUUAUCGAGAAGCUAAUCCUGCUCCAUAUACAAUAAUUACAUUUCCUUUCUUAUUUGCUGUGAUGUUUGGUGAUGCUGGUCAUGGGUUUUUAAUGUUUUUAUUUGCUCUCUGGAUGGUAAUUAAAGAAAAUACAUUUAGCAAACAAAAGUCUAAUGGAGAAAUAUGGAACACAUUCUUUAAUGGGAGAUAUAUCAUCUUAUUGAUGGGAAUAUUUUCAGUUUAUACUGGCCUUAUUUAUAAUGAUAUUUUUUCAAAAUCUAUUAAUAUAUUUGGUUCUUCUUGGAAACCUAUUAACAUAUCUGAUGAGCAAGUUGUAAAUUCACUUUUUCAACUGAAUAUGAGUACUAGUUAUACUGGUCAUCCUUAUCCUUUUGGACUAGAUCCUGUUUGGUCAUUAGCAAAAAACAAGAUUCUUUUUACAAAUUCAUAUAAAAUGAAAUUAUCGAUUAUUUUUGGAGUAUCUCAAAUGCUGUUUGGUGUUAUUAUAAGUGCUUGGAAUCAUUGCUUUUUCAGAGAUUACUUGAGUCUGUUUUGUGAUUUCAUUCCUCAACUUCUAUUUCUCCUAAGUAUUUUUGGUUAUCUAGUUGGAUUAAUUAUUGCAAAAUGGCUUACUUAUUAUGGGGAAAAUAAUAAUUAUGGUUGUGCUCCAAGUUUACUCAUCAUGUUAAUCAACAUGUUUCUCUUCAGAUAUCCUGAAUCUCCUUGUUAUCUUUCAAAUAUGUAUUCAGCACAGCCAUAUGUACAAAAGUGUUUAGUUAUAUUAGCCUUACUCUGUGUUCCUUGGAUGCUGUUGGUAAAGCCAAUUAUGCUUAGAAGACAAUAUCAUUCUCCUAGAUAUAUGAGACAAGAAUCACCACAUAGGGAAGCUGAAGAAUUUGAUUUUGCAGAUGUGUUUAUAAAUCAAGCCAUUCAUACUAUUGAAUAUUGCUUAGGUUCUAUAUCUCAUACUGCCUCUUAUUUGCGGUUAUGGGCUCUUAGUUUAGCACAUUCACAACUGUCUGAAGUCUUAUGGACUAUGGUAAUGAAUAUAGCACUCCGCUUUUCAACAAAUUUUCUGGGUGCUGCUGUUUUUGUUCCAAUAUUUUUCUUUUGGGCUGUUUUAACAGUUGGAGUGUUAUUAAUAAUGGAAGGUCUCUCUGCAUUUCUACACGCUCUUCGACUUCACUGGGUGGAAUUUCAGAGCAAAUUUUAUAAAGGUUCUGGAUAUAUAUUUGCACCAUUAUGUUUUAAAACUAUGCUGGAAUCUGAAGAAGAAUAAACUUGUUAUAUUGAAAAUGUAAUUACAUUUUAAUAUCAUUUGCAAAUUACAAAUGAUAUUCAAGUUAACUUGCUAUAUUCAAAGUGCCUAUUUUUACAUUUAUAACAAAUUAAGCAGAAUUUAUAAAUUAUUUUAUUUCUAGUCAUGAAUAUGGAAUUACAAUAACAAGUUUAAAAUUUCAAUUAAUAUUGGAUUCAUAUAACAUUUAAAUAUAUUGUUGCAUCAUAAAAUUUUGAAAA